UGCCCGAGUCGCGCUAAUGCACGUCUUCCCCAUUCCCCAGACGGCGGGCGGACGUCCAAUUGCUGCUCCUGAUGAUUAAUGGGGGCCUUUCGGUCCACCUCUCGUAUCCUGCCUCGGACACCCCUGUUCCGAGCCGGAUAUUCAUAUUCCACCUAGCAACUCCAAAAAAAAAACGCCCAUGUCCCUAUUUCCACAACUCCUACCUAUUGCAAGUAGCAACUAGCUACUGGAGCCUCACUGUUCUCCUGCUGCUGUGCCCCGCGUUGCCGAUCCUGCCUUUUUAUUCCCUCGGCCCAUAAAUAUAUACAUGCCAAUGAACACACCAAAGCGGAACCGCGCAGCCCUCCCAACCAGCCGGCCGGGACACGAGGGUUUCAGGUCUAAUUUCGUGUAGAUAAAGAGU